UUUAUUUGUUUUAGUUUGAAUAAAACAGAUUUAUUAAUUAUUAAAUCAGAUGUUUUUCAGGGUUUUGUGUCUCAGUGAUGAAGAAUCGACUCCUCUUCCUCCUGCUGCUGAGCUCAGGGUCUCUGCUGGUCCCUGGUACUGGGUCCGGUUACACCGUCAGACGGUUCAAGUAUGUGACCCUGAAGAAGACCUGGGCCGAGGCCCAGACCUACUGCAGGGAGACCUUCUUGGACCUGGCCACCAUCCAGAACUCCAACAACAUCACCGAGGCCCAGAAGGUGGCGGGGACCUCCCAGGUCUGGAUCGGACUCUUCAACGGGACCUGGAAGUGGUCUCAGGAGCAGAACCAGGACAUCUCUAGCAGCAGCUGGUACACCAACUGGUACCCGGGCCAGCCUCAGGAGGAGAACUGUGUGGCCUUCAGUAAUAAUGGGUACUGGUCCACGAUGGACUGUGGACUGCAGUACCCCUUCUUUUGUUUCAACGCUUUACUUCAAACCAACAUCCUGGUGAACAUGCAGAAGACCUGGUCUGAGGCCCAGACCUACUGCAGGACCCAGUACUCAGACCUGAGCAGCAUCACCAAUGCCCUGGACAACACGGCUCUUUACCUUAAGGUGAUCCUGGGACCCACGUACGCCUGGACCGGUCUGCACAGAUCCUCCUGGACAUGGUCCGAUGGCAGCAACGGGUCCUUCACGGCCUGGGGGUUCCAGCCGUCCUAUCAGAGGGGGGACUGUGUCCUGAUGGACUUGUAUUAUGGGACCUGGUUCUGGAAACCCUGCAGUGAAGGCCACCCCUUUCUCUGCUACGCAGACUACAGACCUUUAUCAAAGCGGUCGGUGAAGGUUCAUGUGAAUCCAGGAUCUGCAGACUUGAGUGAUCCUGAGGUCCAGGACUCCCUCCUGCAGCAG